AUGUCGCUGAAUCUGUUUGACGUUCCUGACAUUGACUAUAGGUAUGAAGCCAAACGGUGGAUUCCUUUCAAACCUGCCAAUACCGCAAGACGCCCUAUUCUCUUUACAGUUCCCUCCAGUGAUGAUUAUUAUGAUCUCAAUGAAACCAAGCUAGAAGUGAAAGUACGAAUGAACACCACAGGGACCAAUGGUCUUUCCGCUGAUGAAACAGGACCCUCUGAUGCCAAUAACACCAAAUACGUGUUUUGUGUCAACAGUUUUGGUCAUUCUCUCUUCAAUCAAAUGAACGUGUCCUUCAAUGGGGUCUUAAUGACAGAACAAAGCAAUGCGUAUCACCUUUGUAUUAUUAGUCUUCGUCUUCUAAGACUUCUGAGACUUUGACUUGUUUCUUCUUCUUCUCUUCUACUAUGGGCUGAAUAUAGCAGUCAUGAUUCACAUCGGUGACUUUUUGGCAGUUGGGACAUCUGGAUUGAUAGCAGCGAUGUUUCUUCUUGCCUGGUAG